UAUUUCUCUCCCUUCCAAACACAUUUCUCUCUCACUCCCUAAACUGCAGGAGCAUGUCUUCUGAGUUAAAAGCCAUGGAACCACCAAAGCCUAGUUAUGACCAAGAAUGGGUCAUUCAGAUUAGUCGAGCCCUAGAAGAAGACCUACAAGACAUUAACGCUGAAGGCCAUCCCGUGAGCAUCUUCAGUGUACCCAAAACCCUAGUAUCUCUCAAACCAGAUGCAUACACUCCACAGCUAAUCGCUUUUGGCCCAUACCAUCACCAGCGGCCUGAACUCUUCGAAAUGGAGCACCACAAACUCACUUCAGCUAAAAGAGUGCAAAAGAAUCUCCAACAAAUCAAAUUCUGCCACUUGGUCAACCAUAUUUCCCAAAGUGAUAGCACUGUCCGCGCUUGCUACCACAGGUUCUUGGAGUUCGACCAGGAAACACUUGCGUGGAUAUUAGCCAUCGAUGCUUCCUUCUUGUUGGAGUAUCUCCAAACCUACUCUCCCGAAACGGAAGAAGGCUCGCUUUUGCGAAUCUCUUCUAAGAUGGCACAUUUGAUCGACUAUACAAGGAGGAAAACCGCACACCACGCGAUCCUCAGAGAUGUUAUUAAGCUGGAAAACCAAAUCCCUCUCUUUUUACUCAGAGAAGUCCACAGUUUUUAUCCGGGUGAAGAUCAUGACGAAGUAUUUGCCACCAUGCUGAUGGGUUUUUGCAAAGAUCUAUUGCCCAUCAAGUACAUUAAUUACCAACGUUUUAGAGAAGAAUGCUUUGGGAGAGCUCAUUUGCUGCAACUUCUCUACCACAUGGUUGCGCCAAAGUUUCAACUUGUACCUGAUUGCAGUGAGCAGGAGAAGCCUAAAGAGAGUGAAGAGAUUGGCUGGUUUAGAAAAGCCUUGAAAUCAUUCUUGACAGCACUACUUUAUGUUAACUUGGCCCUUCUCCGCAUUCUCAGCAAAAUUUUCAAGUCAAAAGCAAUCGAGUUUCUGGUUACACUACCAUUUACAAUCCUCUCGUGUGUUUUUCAUCUUAGAAUCAAAGGUGAUCAUAUAAACAAUUUCAUAUCAUCGGCAGGCAGCGUCGCCGAAGAGGUGGAAAGUGCAUCUCAUGAGACGGAAGACAAAUUAAGUCCUUUGGUCGAAGAGAUUGCAAUCCCAAGCGUGACACAGCUUCAUAAAGUUUGUGUCAAAUUCUGUCCAGCAAAGGGUGGCUUGGAAUCCAUAAAUUUCGACAAGUCUUGUGGUAAAUUUUACCUUCCGGUUAUUCAUUUGGAUGAUAAUUCGGAAGUUGUGCUGCGGAACCUCGUGGCCUACGAGGCAUGUAUUGCGCCGGAGAUGAUGGUUUUUACACGUUACACGGAAUUGAUGAAUGGGAUAAUUGAUAAUGAGGAGGAUGUGAGGAUUCUUCGAAAGGCAGGGAUCAUCUUGAACCGCCUCAAAAGCGAUGGAGAAGUAGCAACGCUUUGGAAUGGCAUGACGAAGUCUGUGAGGGAAACGAAAGUUCCAAUUCUGGACAAGGCCAUUGAAGGUGCAAAUACUUAUUACUCGAAGAGUUGGAAGGUGAGGAUGAACGUGACGAUGAAGAAGUAUGUCUUUGCUUCAUGGCCAUGUCUUACGUUUUUAGCAGCAAACAUUCUGAUAUUGAUGUCUACUCUUCAGGCUGCUUGCUCCAUGUACAAUUGCUCCAAAAUUUUCAAGUCUCUAUAAAUGUUCACGAUCUUUUCUUGCUUAGUGUCUAAUUUACGGCAUGCUCAUGAACAGUAAAAGUCUUCUUAAUUUGUCUCAAAUUAAUUUUUUACCGGGCCAGAUCAAUGGUCUGGAGUUCGAUUUUUCCAGUUAAUUUUCUAGUUCUCUAAGUCGGCCUUUCGUCUAAACGAUGGACAAAACAAGAAGCUAGCCUUUUGUGGUAGGCUAGUCAGGCUAGAUGUUAUUUUUUGUUUUUGUCCUACUUCUUUG